GGACGGGCCGGGCCGAGGGCAGUAGGGCGCCGCGCCGCGCGGCGGAGGAAGAAGAGUUGAGAUCGCCGCUGCCUCGUUUUGGCUAGGUGAAUGUGACAAGAGAAUUCUGCAGUCCUGAAAUGGAGGUUAGAGCUUCCUUACAGAAGGUUAGUGGGUCAUCUGAUUCUAUGACCACACUAAACAGUGAAGAAUUUGUUUUGGUACCUCAGCAAGCAGAUGAUACCUCUACAAAAGAUGAUGAAAAACCUCAACUUAAGAUAGUCUCCAAUGGAGAUGAACAGUUAGAGAAGGCAAUGGAAGAGAUUCUGAGGGAUUCUGAAAAAGGUCAAAAACAUCUUCUCGAUUGUGAAAGUUCGACUGAAAUUUGUGAUCAUUCGUUUACUGAUGUUUCAGCCAACCAAGCAAAUAGGCCUUCUCUCCAGUUAGUGCUGGAUUCUUCUAAUGCAGUUUCCACUCACCGACCACCUUCUCCCAAUGAACCACCAGAGGAAGAUAGUGUAUUAUUUAAUAAACUGACAUACUUAGGAUGUAUGAAAGUUUCUUCUCCUCGAAAUGAAGUAGAAGCUUUACGAGCAAUGGCAACCAUGAAAUCUUCAAGCCAGUUUCCUUUCCCUGUCACUCUCUAUGUGCCAAAUGUUCCAGAAGGCUCUGUAAGAAUAAUAAACCAAUCCAGCAAUGUGGAAAUUGUGUCAUUCCCAAUCUACAAAAUAUUAUUUUGUGCACGUGGCCACGAUGGGACAACAGAAAGUGAUUGCUUCGCAUUCACAGAGAGUUCUCGUGGGACAGAAGACUUUCAGAUACACAUUUUCUCCUGUGAGAUUCAAGAGGCAGUCAGCAGAAUUUUAUACAGCUUUUGUACAGCAUUUAAACGUUCUUCCAGGCAAGUGUCAGAUGUAAAGGACUCUGUUGUCCCUACCCCAGACAGUGAUGUAUUUACCUUCAGUGUCUCUUUGGAGGUCAAAGAAGAUGAUGGAAAAGGAAACUUCAGUCCUGUGCCUAAAGAUAGAGAGAAAUUUUACUUCAAAUUGAGACAAGGAAUUGAAAAGAAGGUUGUGAUCACAGUGCAACAGCUGUCCAACAAGGAACUAGCAAUUGAAAGGAGUUUUUGGCAGUACAUCAUCCUUCAAAGGCUGGAUGUACUUGGAGGUGGAGAGAGGCUGUUGUCAUCAGUACCUCUGGAAUCCAUGGGAAAGAGCUGUGAUGGAAGAGCUUAUGUUAUUACUGGAAUGUGGAACCCCAACACACCUACAUUCUUGGCACUUAACGAAGAAACUCCUAAAGAUAAAAGGGUGUUCAUGACUGUAGCCGUGGAUAUGGUCGUCACCGAGGUGGUGGAGCCGGUCCGCUUCUUGCUAGAGACAUUGGUGCGUGUGUACCCUGCCAACGAGCGCUUCUGGUACUUCAGCAGAAAGACUUUCACUGAGACUUUCUUUAUGAAGCUCAAACAGUCGGAGGGAAGAGCCCAUGCCAGUGCUGGGGAUGCCAUCUAUGAAGUAGUGACGUUACAGAGGGCAUCUGAGAAGGAAGAGCCAGUCACUCCAACCAGUGCUGGAGGUCCGAUGUCGUCUCAGGAGGAUGAGCCAGAAGAAGAGAGUGAUAACGAACUCUCAAGUGGUACUGGUGAUGUGUCUAAGGAUUGCCCUGAGAAGAUCUUAUAUUCAUGGGGAGAAUUGCUGGGAAGAUGGCACAAUAACCUUCGUGUACGCCCCAAAGGACUCUCCACUCUGGUGAAGAGUGGGGUUCCAGAAGCGUUAAGGGCAGAGGUAUGGCAGCUACUAGCAGGCUGCCAUGACAACCAGACUAUGCUUGAUAAAUACCGAAUUCUUAUUACAAAGGACUCAGCCCAGGAGAGUGUUAUAACACGAGACAUUCAUCGAACAUUUCCUGCACAUGAUCACUUCAAAGACACCGGAGGAGAUGGUCAAGAAUCCCUUUAUAAAAUCUGCAAGGCUUACUCUGUCUAUGAUGAAGAUAUUGGAUAUUGCCAAGGACAGUCUUUUCUUGCUGCCGUGUUGCUGCUCCAUAUGCCUGAAGAACAGGCAUUCUGUGUUUUGGUGAAGAUUAUGUAUGACUAUGGUUUGAGGGAUCUCUACAAAAAUAACUUCGAGGAUCUUCACUGUAAAUUCUAUCAACUGGAACGGCUUAUGCAGGAACAAUUACCAGACCUGCAUAGCCACUUCUGUGCCCUGAACCUGGAGGCUCAUAUGUAUGCAUCACAAUGGUUUCUCACUCUCUUCACUGCCAAGUUCCCUCUAUGCAUGGUCUUCCACAUCAUUGACUUACUGCUUUGUGAGGGUCUCAACAUAAUCUUCCAUGUAGCUUUGGCACUCUUAAAGACAUCCAAGGAAGACCUUCUGCAGGCUGACUUCGAAGGUGCUUUAAAGUUUUUCAGAGUCCAGCUUCCAAAGAGGUACAGGGCAGAAGAAAAUGCCCGGAGGUUGAUGGAACAAGCAUGUAACAUUAAGGUGCCUACUAAGAAGUUGAAGAAAUAUGAGAAAGAGUAUCAAACCAUGCGUGAGAGCCAGCUACAACAAGAAGACCCUAUGGACAGAUACAAGAGGGAGAACCGGAGGUUACAGGAAGCCAGCAUGCGGCUAGAACAAGAGAAUGAUGACCUUGCUCAUGAACUUGUAACCAGCAAAAUCGCUCUGCGAAAUGACUUGGACCAGGCUGAAGACAAGGCAGAUGUUUUAAAUAAAGAGCUGCUUCUGACCAAACAGAGACUAGUGGAAACUGAAGAAGAAAAGAGGAAACAAGAGGAAGAAACUGCUCAGCUAAAAGAAGUCUUUAGGAGACAGCUUGAGAAGGCAGAAUCAGAAAUAAAGAAAACAACAGCCAUCAUUGCUGAAUACAAACAGAUCUGCUCGCAGCUGAGUACCAGGCUGGAAAAGCAACAGGCAGCUAACAAGGAGGAGCUGGAAGUUGUCAAGGGGAAGGUGAUGGCAUGCAAACACUGCAGUGAGAUUUUCAACAAGGAAGGGGCGCUGAAGUUAGCAGCUAUAAGCAGAGAAAACCAGGGCAUUGAAAUUGACGACGAGAAGGACUCACUCAAGAAACAGCUGCGGGAGAUGGAGCUGGAAUUGGCCCAGACCAAACUGCAGCUGGUGGAGGCCAAGUGUAAAAUCCAGGAGCUUGAACAUCAGAGAGGAGCCCUCAUGAAUGAAAUUCAAGCUGCAAAAAACUCUUGGUUUAGCAAAACCCUGAACUCUAUCAAAACAGCCACAGGCACACAGCCACCCCAGCAGCCUCAGCCGUCCCAGCCACCCAAAGAGAGCACGUAGUUCCUGCCAAAUUCCACGCACAAGAACACAACGAUUCAAGCAACCGAAGCCCUGGCAGAUUGUCCCAGUGUCCCUUUGAGGGGAAGUAAGGAAGGCCAGGGGGCAAGCCUCAAACUGAAAUCCUUCAGCAUCUCUCAUUCAUCUGGUGUGACGCUUUUCAAAGGAAAGUUAUUUAGAGUCCUGUUUUAUGUUGAAUAUCUCUUUUCCACCUUCCUCACUGAAAACCACCAUCAACCUUUUUACACCUUAUUUUAUUAUAUCUAGAUGUUAAGUUGGAAAUAAAUAAUUCAGAGCUAAAUGUUUUAUUUAGAACUAAUUAUUCCUAAUUAUUUUGUAUCUUGCAUAAAACAGUAGAUUUUUUUUUUUUUUUUGCUAUUUCAGGGUUGACAUGGUGGGAGAUGGGGUAUCAGUCAGGGCAAAGAAGAGAUUAGCAUUUAAGCCUUGAUCAUUUUCAGGACUUAAACUUAAAAUAAAGCACAUUGUAGGGGCAGGCCAUGACCACUGUCUAGGUCUUAUCCUAGAUGUGAUCCCAGUAGUUUACAAGAGGGAUGGUAACAUCCUACAGAGAAGCACUUUGCUUUUGAAAGAGGAAUGACCACAGACCAAUCUCCUGAAAAAAGACUCACUUUAAAAAAAAAAAAUUUCUGCUGGGUUCAUUUGGAAAUAAGCUCCUUACAUAGAUGUUUGAUGUUCCAGAGGCUCUCUUAUCCUUUGUCUUCUGGCAUGCACACUAGAACAAGGGAACUGGGAUUUCAGCAAGCUCAAAUGAAGCCUACAUCACCUUGGCCUCAGUUCUUUUAAGAACUCCAUCCGUGAAUCUCAAAAGUCUGCCUGUGUGCAUGGCCUCAGGUGUGACAGACAGUCUUGUGGAAGUGUAAUGCAAAGGGUAUUUUGUGAGCAGUAGCCUUAGAAAACUUUCAGCAGAGCACCUAGGAAUACCCAGGCACAACUGUUGGGCUUAGUACGAAAUCAGAACUUCUGAAUGAAAAGUAAGUAGGAGGAUAGGACCAGUGAAUUCAUAUUCCAUUUAAUUUUGAUGAGCACUUGCUGAGGAAACACUAAUUUGCUGUAACAGUUUUGUGUUUAAGAUAUAGAAAUGGGAAGUAAAGGCCAACUUUGAAACCUUUUAGUCUUAUGCUGUGUAACUCUUCCUGAUUUCUGUAACUAUCUAAAAAUGUGCCCUUUUUAUCCCAAAGAUGGAGAGGUGCAAAGGCAUUUGUAACAUUUUUUGGUUGAAUAUAAAAUGUUUAUAGAAAUACUUAUUUCAUUGAAAGGUAAAACUAUUGUUUAAAAUUUGAUGGAAAUGUUUUUUAAAUUAUAUUUAACAUGUCUAUAUAAAAAGGCCUUGCCAGGAAGUCUCCCAAACAGGGCCAAAGAGGUUAGUUGUAUAUUAAGUUUUCCAUUUUCUUAUCUGUUCAAGAGUAGGGGCAUCCUCUGGACCCGUACUCUCUUAACCCAAAUUAAUUCUUCCAUCAGGUCUAUAUGAUAAAGUUAAAUAAUAUUAGUCAUUGGCUUCAUUGUCAAGCAUCUUGUUUGCAAAGAAUCUGAAGCUGUAAUGCCAGUAGGACUCUUACCUGUGCCAUGUUUUACUUUCAGAAGAUUAACCAGUAAUCAAAUUAUAGUUUCACUCCUAAAGCAUCUACUGAAAUUCAGUCAUAGAAAAUGUCUUGCCCACUUUCCCUAAAAGGAAUGUUUAAUCCUAAAAAAUUAUGUAUCCCUCAACUGUAACCAUUUAUGAAAAAGCUUACAAAAACAUAUUGUUUACCUAAAUGUAAUUCUUCAGAUCCUACUCAAGUAGGGCUCCUUCAAAGAAGGAUGGUUUUGCCUGACAUUUUUCAUGAAAAUGUUUAUCAAAAAAGGAAAACUGUGUAACACUUUCAAAAUUGUGAAAACUAUUUUAGCCACUGUUGCUUUACUUGCUAGUGGCCAACUACAUUUUGAGAAAUAUGAACCUUUUUGGUAAACUGAACUUAUAAGCUUUGAAUGUGUUAACUUGUAAAGUGAUGGUCCUACUACCUUGUUGAUUAGUGUAUCAACUUUGAUUUGGGUGUUACCUACAAUUUGGUUUUUGAAGUAUGUACUCUUCUCCAAAGUAUAUAAUAAUGGCUAGAAAAUGCUAUCUGUAUAAAAUGGCACUUUAUAAUGUGAUACAUAGCCUUCAUUAGUUAUCUAGUAACAUCUGUUGAAUUUAUUUGGCAUUUCUGCCUUGAGUCCCAUAAACCCCAUCACUUUGAUUCAGCCUCCUGAAUAAAAUUGCCAAUUAAGUAGAAGAUGCUCAUUUCUACUGGAGCCUGAUCCCAUGGAGCUACUCUAUUGCCUUCCCCUUCUCAGAACCAGCAGAAUUAAGUUUUCGCUGCAAGAUUGUCCUUAGUUGAGAAGAAAAAUUAAAGUUGCUGCAUGCUGCCCACUCAGACUUGGACAGGAGUCUUGUAAAUAUCUCCAGAACGGUCAUACAGACCAUGUUUAAUGUCACAGACUCCUCAUUCCCCAUUGCUCCCCCACCCAAAAAAAAAAAUCAGGUCCUUACGUCUAAACUGAUAUUUGGACUCAGCUGGCUAAUCUUGAGUUUCAGCUGAAUUUUUGGAUCCCAAGAUGAAGUGUGUAGAACUUAAUAUUAGAAGUUAUAUUUUGAUUACUUUAACAGAGUUUAUGUAGAAGUGAGUGAAUAUUAAAAUUUCUACAUCAUUUUCGUCAUUUUUUUCUGACAAGAACAGCACUUUAAUUUUAAAUAAAAUUAAUGCAACUCAAUGUAUAUUUGAUGGAGAAAAAAACAUAUCUACAUGUUGUACAGUUUUAGAAACCAGUGUUUUGUUUUGAAAGAAAAGUUGACAUUUCAGAAUUCUGUUUAGUGCUUUUAGUGACUUACAUCAAUAGUGCUGAGUUGCUUCCUUUCCCAUCUAGUGCCAACAGUGAUAUGUGGCAUGACCUGCCGUGCCAGGAGCUUAGUCUGUCCCAUGCUGAAGUGCCCCAUGCCACCAGCAACAGGAAAGAUGCAAGAUGAAAGGACCAAAGUUUGAUACGUAAGGUGUAAUUUUCGUUUAAUAUGUUGGAAUAUCACUGUCUCCAACUGUAUGACCAAGAGACAAAUGAAGCUUUGAAAAUGUCAACAUCCCAGUAAGGGCAGGGACUGCUUCAUUUUUGAUUUUGUAUGUCCAGCACCUAGCACAGUGCCUGGAAUCUAGGAGGCCCUAAGUACUUGUUGAUUAACUGAUUGACUUCAGUUAAUUUUAGAGGAUUAUGUAAACUGCCCCCUCUUCACUCUCGAUUCUUUUCAGGAACCAAGCAAAAAACAACCAAGCAACCUGAAAAUUCUUACGCACAAUGGAGUGUUUUUCUGACAUGGUUGUUUAAUCUUAAUUCAAUUGUAGUCUUUUCCUAAAGUGCACAGUGCAGAACAAAUCCCUUCCAAAAUCCAAUGUUUACAACAUUUUGAAAAAUGAUUAGCUUUUUGAGACAAAUUCUGAAUCUCACCUCUUUACAUACUAAAUUAAGUGCUAUUUAUUAAAUUAGUUGAUAUACAUAUCUUGAGGAUUUUAUUUCUUUAAAGUUUCUUAUUUUCUUUAAAGGUCAAAGAAAACAAAGCUGAAUUUAGUAGUGCACGUGUUUGAUAGCUUCCCACAUCCUGAACCAUCUCAUAAGUAGUUAUAUUUAGCUAGACACUUUGAUUUAGAGAAGAUCUUAACCCUCUACAAGUGCUUAGCAGAAACAUUGGUAGAUGUACCAGUUUGGCAUAUACUCUGUCUUGCUAGGCAGCCUACACAUCUCUCUAUCUUUCCUACUUAAUAAAUCAACAAGUUCUUUUCCAUUGGUUUGGAUUGAUUUUUCUUACCAAGAUAAUCUUUUUGCUAAAGUCACUAACAUUUAGCAGUGUUUUACCUUCUCUUAGUUUUCACAACUUUUUGAAUGUCUCCCUACAUAGUGGUUUCUACUUCUCUUCCUCUCCUACUUUAUCUGUUUAAAACACUCUAUUAACAAGUAAUAACCUGAUGGCUUAAUUUCUUAGUAUAAGAAAAAAUAUGGAAAACAAGAAUGACCCAACUUUUGGUCCUAAGAGUCCUAAAAGCCAUAUUAAGAGUCUUGGAAUAUUGGAAGAGAUGGUUAGUUGCUUAGAAUAAGCAUUACAAAUGUAACUGUGAGAGACACUUUGUUGCAAAAGCCUCUUCUCUUAGGUUACUAGGUGAAAGCCAAGUACUGAUUUGAUCAACUGUGUUCAUCAAACACCCAUGUAAAUCAAUUAAAUGAUUCUAGCACCUCA